AUGGCCUCCUCUUUGAUUCCUCCUCCGGGUUCAAAGUCCACAGUCGACGAAAUCGUGCCUUUAAACAAGCAAGUCCAAAACGUCAAGUUUGUCUCCUUCACGCAAGAAAGGGACGACUACAGCGCGAACAAAGCGAGAAAAGGAACGAAAUUCUACCUCGUCGACGAAGAUUCUAUCCCACACUUGGCGAUAAUCGGCGACGAGCGCGAACAGAGAGAUGGACAUUACUCGUACAGAGUGAGCGAAGAAUUCGCGAAUCCCGAGCUCGGGAUACCGCCGUUGAAACAAGGGAAUUUAGUGGGCGUGAGGAAAUGGCUGAAAGAUAGAAUCACGCAAAGCGCGCAGCAAUAUAAGAAGAGGAUGAUGCUGAUGAAUAGUAAUGGCGGGAACGACGUUGGUAUGAAUGGUGAGAACGCGGGUGGAAAACCGACGAAAGAGACGAAGAUUGUUGCGUUGAGCGCCGCGCAGUUGACGAGGAAGAAGAAGCAAGACAUUCCGGAUGGCGCGAGUUUGAUCGACCACGACGCGUUUGUGAACGCGAGUUUACGGGCGAGAAAGUUAGAGGAGAAGGAGUUUAAGUGGGCGAGUACGAAGGAAAAUGCAUUCGCGUUUAUUCGAGGGACGGAGGUUUUUGAAGACUUGAAGGCGGAGACGAGGACGGUAAAAGUUGAAGAUUUAGAAGAUGAAAACGAUGAUGGGUACGAGAAUCAGGCGAACCACCAGGUGAGAGAGAACGCGCGAGCGUUAGUUGAAGAUGCCAUAGCGAAGAUUAUCAAACACAGCUCUUCGUCAAAAUUGAGCGUCGUCUCGGAGGUUAUCGAGGCGUUGAAAACGCUCAAAUCUUCUCGUUUACAUUUGAAGCGCAUCGCCAUGGACGAGUACGCGUUCGUCGACGCGUUGAAACGUUUACGCGAAGAUGGAAAAAACGCGAGGAGAUCGUCGCACAUAUCCACGGCCUCAAAACUUGCCAGCGAUUUGUUGAAACACAUCGCAGGGUCCAUCGUAGGAUCUGUCGGCGCUUUAAUUUCGAGUUACGACCGCGCGCCACCGCCGGCGCCGCCGAGAGUCAAGCCCGGGUAUUUAGUGCAACUCGUCGACGCGGCUGGAAACGUUAUUAGUCAAACCGAUGUUAAUGCACCGACGACAACGAGAGCAUUCGCAGCAAACGCUGCCACGACGAAUGUAACCAAUGCGACUGCUUUAGCGCAACACCAACACAGAACGGCGACGGGCGCGACGGCGGGAACAGCCGCGGCUAUCCCCACUCUCCCGCCAAUCAGUCCACCGAGUUUGCGUAACCGAGGAGCCGGUAGCGUGCAAAUCAAAGAAGAACCGCACGUUCAGCUUCCACCAUCUACCGCGACCAAGAAGAAGACCGCUGCUGCUGCUGUUGCUGCUUCGAGUAAGCACAAUAAAGGAACCGUGGGGCCGGGUGGUAAACGCAAAUUGAAAGACAUUCUCGCGAGUUCGCCUUCGAGUUACGACACGAACGCUUCUCAAUCGAGCAAGAAAAAGAAGCAACGACAAAUAUUUAGUCGUAACAACAGCUUCGAGCAACAAGGAGGCACAGGUACCACGGAAAUGAAUUGCGACACGGCCACCGACGACGACGCGGCAAACAACACGGGGACGACGGCUAAAUCGGCGGCGGCGGCGAAAUCGUUAUUAGGCAAAGGGCGCAAACGGUGUCACGUUUGUUCGACAGUCGUCGGUUCUCCCACGCGCGUUUGUCCACACUGCAAAACCGCGUUACCCAUGAAAGUAUCAGCCUCGACGAAAAAAGAGAAAGCAGCGUUAUUGGAGGGGAAAGAGAAGAACGCCGCGUUGGCGAAAGCCGCCGCGUUGAAUCACCAAAGCAACGGUGGUGGUAAAAAUAGCCCCGCCGCCGACAUCGGUGAAUCUAUGUUAGAAUUUCGACGGAUAUUUACGAAUUGCAAACCGUCCGUGUUGAAAGUUGGAGCGCAAAAAUUGAUAGCGGAAUUGAAAGAACGAUUAGACGAAAAUAGUGCGAUGUUUGCGUCGGAGUUGUCUCCCGGGAGCGCGAUGAACACAAAGUUCAUCUUAGAAGAAUUGAUGCAACCUUUACUGGAGAAAGUUGAAACGACGAAACUCUUCAACGGCGCCAACGAAAGGCCGAAAGGUAGAAGAGAACUUUUGGAAGCAUUGGACGCGUUCAUAGCGAGUUAUUACUCGUAA